ACUUUGGGUUUCCCGAACAGCAAUCACCUCACUAUGCUGUAUAAAUACAGAUAUGUGACAGUUACAUCUUCACUUUAUCUUCAGUUGGGACAGCGUGGAGACUAAAACCAUGAAGGUUCUCGUGGUGCUCGCCCUUGCUGUAUUUACAGGUUGCCAAGCCAACCUAUUUUAUGCUGAUGAGCCCAAGCCACAGCUGGAGCAGCUGACUGAUGCAUUCUGGAGUUAUGUUGCUAAAGCAACGCACACCGCUGAGGAGACCGUCCAGAUGAUCAGGAAUACCCAACUGGGGCAAGAAGUCAAUGCUCGACUGACACAGAGUGCUGAUAUGGCCAGUGAAUAUGCAGUCACCCUCAAGAAACAUGUGGAUCCUCUGACUGAAGAGCUGAUGAACAAAAUCACCAAGGAGGCUGAAGUUUUGCGAGAGCGUCUGGGUCAGGACCUGUUGUCAGUGAGAGACAAACUGGAGCCCUAUGCUGACAACAUCAAGAGCCAAAUUCAGCAGAGAGUUGAGGACCUCAGGACCGCCAUGGCUCCAUAUGCAGAUUCCCUGGAUUCUGAGACCCUGAAGGCCACUCUGCUCCAGAAAAGUGAGGAGCUGAGGGGGAGCGUGGAGGAGAGCGUGAAGGAGCUGAAGGCUCAGCUGGAGCCCUACACUGCUGAUAUCAAGGAGAAAGUGGACCAACAUCUGCAGGAGUUUCAGAAGACCGUGAGCCCAAUUGCUGAGGAUCUCCAAGCCCAGAUUGCUGAGAGAGCAAAGAUGGUUCAGCAGAGUCUGACACCCUAUGCUGAAGACCUGAAGGAAAAGCUGGACCCCUAUGCUCAGGAUCUGAAGGCCCAGCUCACCUCCCUCUACGAGUCUUUCAUCAUGAGAAAUUAAAUAUUGCCUGCAUAGCACAGCUAUGUUGUUUCAAAGACUUUUGCCAUUUGCUGCUAAUGUAAUUGGAUUUUUGAUUCAUUUGAAUGUUGACAUAUAUAACUUAACUAUCUGUAGUUGUAUACUGCUUAACAACUACACCUGUUCAGAAGCACCCGAUGGAAGUAUUUAUUAACAGCAAUGAAACAAAAAAUA